AUGGAUCCGUUUGUUUAUUUGCCCGAGUACCCGUUUGUUAUUUGCAGCGUGUGCAAGUUUGCAUGCGUGGCCAAUGAGGUAGCAGCCCAUUUACAGCAACAGCAUAUCCCGGCAACAGCAGCAGAGGUUAGACGAAUUAGCGAUGUUGUGAAGGCAAUCCCGGGCAUCAUCAAAACACAAGAAGAGUUACGCCAGUGGUCAGUGCCGCCACCAACAACACCACCAAUCCCCAUCAUUCCACCGCCAGAACCGGAUGGGUUGGGAUGCAACGAAUGCCCGUAUGUGGCCCGGACACCAAAGACCAUAAGAGCACAUUAUCGAAACAAGCAUGAGUGGGUCAACGAUCGGGGACCGGGCCGAUGGGCCAAGAAGUUAGGGGCCGAGAAGGAGCGGGCCGUACCGUGGAGAACAGGCGUUCAAUGUCAGAGAUUUUUCCCGUCGCGUGUGGCAAGUAGUUGGUUCGAGGUUGGCCGGGGAUUACCGCCGUCCGUCAAGCCGGAUCAGGAUACCGACGGGGUCGACAAGGAAGCCGAGUUUUUAAACCGAAUCCACCGCGAAGAUGAAGAGGCGUUUGUCAAAGAGUCCAAAGCAGCCAUCAAAACGGUGGAUGACAAAUGGGAAGCCGAUCGGUGGUUAAAUCGCGUUGGGUGGGCAGCCCAUUUGAAGGACGUUGACAGGGACGAUUUGGCAAAGGCAGUACGUCCGAUCGAGGAGCAUGAGGUCGAAUUACAGAAGAUGUGGGCCGUUUUUGAUCAGGUAUUAGACAGCGCGUAUGCCGUGGCCGUCAAUCGCAGUCCGGGCACGGCCGAGUUGUACGAAGUCGAGCGGAAGGAAAUAUACGUCACGCCCGAAACGCCGUUCAACGGGAGGAUGGAGCCCAAGUCAUGGGAAAAUUACAAAGACAAGUGGCGCACAUUGAUGUGUGUUUGGCAACGGAUGGAGUUGUUAGAUGAAGACGAGCGGCCGCCAUAUCGAUUGACGACGAAACAAGCAAAGAGGUGGGGUGAAUUCCGCACAGGCGUAAAGGCCGUGGUGUCGGGAUCCGACAAAAUUGGUAGGUACACCGACGAUAGAUUGCAACGGCCAUGUUUAGAUAUGGUGGUUAGCAUGUUGGAUCACCCAUUGCAGAACGGAAACCAUUAUGAAAGCAUCAUUAUCAGUGCGUUGGCAGUGAUGGGAAUGGACGAUCAUGGCCGUUGGAUGAGCGCGUUAAGUUACACGCCGAUUUAUUCAGCAGUCAUCAAGGUUGCGAAAUAUUUGGUGUUGUAUCAAUCCGUAUUGGAGAGGGGAGAAGAGAUCGCACGGUUACGCCACACAAUGAGCAGGAAAAAAGCAGAAGAGAAGGCGACGGGAUUAUUCCGCAUUGUACGGCAAAAGGUGCGACGAUUCAUGACGCGGAUUUCGGAUGAAGCAGACGCGGACCCGACGCCGAUGAAUUGGAUCAUCAACACGCGGACAUACGGGUUAAAGAUCCGAUACACAACACCCGGAGGAGAGAGCAUCGAUUGGCGGGGAGAUGAGAUCAUACACGGAAAGGUGCGGUUGCGGAUGAAUCAGUUAUCAGACAUGUUGCAUAAUUUAUUGGAAGAUGCGAGACGAAAGAUGGCAACAUUGACGAUGGUGGACGACGCAGAGUCGAUUAGGGAGGCAUUGCCGAGGAUACCGUGGUCACGCAUCGAGGAUCGGCACGGGGAGGGCGAUUUGGAUUAUUCGUUUUUGAGAAACCCCGAGAACGAGUGGUGGGUGCAGCCCGGAAGUGGAUGGGUUAAGGGACGGAUAUUGAGAUCAAAAGAGAAGCGGGCGGCAUGGUUGUCAGAGACGUUGGAUGAGCGGCAUCCGUACAAGGCGAAGGCAGUACGCAGUUACGGGAGGGCGUUGGAGGAAUUCCGCGAGCAGAUAUGGAUGUUGAUGCACAUGACGGGCGGGCAGCCGGCACGAUCAACGGAGGUUUUGGGGAUACGGAUGUGGAACACGAUGAACGGCGGGGUGAGGAACAUAUUUAUAAACGAAGGAAUGAUGUGUUUCGUGACGAUGUAUCAUAAGGGGUUCCGGAAAUCGGGAGAUAUCAAAGUGAUACACCGAUAUUUGCCGCGCGAAGUGGGCGAGUUGUUGGUAUGGUACAUGUGGUUGGCGUUGCCGUUUUGGCAGAAUGUGCAGGGCAGGUUGAAGGGCAAGAGGCGGAAGAGCGCGUUUUUAUGGGCAGACGAGAUUGUCGGGGAAGACGGGGGCAAGGACCAUGGCAACGGGAGUCGACAAGAGAAUGGCGAGGACGGAAGGGACGAGGAGGAGGAAGAGGAAAGGGUAGAAGAGGCAGUGUUUAUGGAGUGGUUUACAGAGCGCAAAUGGACGAGCGACCGAGCGCGGAGGGUGAUGCAGCGAUACAGCAAGCAGUUUUCGGGACAGCAAUUGAACAUCAGCGCAUGGAGGCACAUGGCAAUCGGAAUCGCCAACCGUUAUUUAAACGGUUUGGUCGGAGACACAGAGGGUUACGGCGGCGACGACGACGAUGACGACGAAGGGGAGGACGGGUUGGUCGACAGCAUAUACGAUUUACAGGCAGGGCACGGGUCGCACAUAGCAGGGUUAGUAUACGCAAGGAUGUUUGGGCAGGGUAAUUUGGGAACGAUACAUAGACGAGAGGAGUUCCGAAGAGCCAGCAUGCAAUGGCAUAGGAUCGUGAGGUUCGGGGCGGACGAUCGGUCAGAGAGGGGCGGCGGCGCAGGGUCGAAGCGAGCACGGGCGGCAAUCGACAUAGAGCAGGAAGGGUUGCGGAAGCAACGAUUUGGCAGAUUGCAUCGGGCAGAUAUGCAGGGACAGUUGAAGCAGAUGAUGGGGGAGACGGCGGCAUUCCGGGGGUCGCAGAAGCGGGUGAUCGAAGCCGUGGUGCGCGGGGAGUGGCCGGUCGUACAGGUGGCGCCGACGGGGGGCGGGAAGAGUUUGACGUUUAUGUUGCCGGCAUUUUGCACGCCGGACGGGAUGACGAUCGUGGUCACGCCGUUGUUGGCGUUGGAGGGCGACAUGGUGAGGCGGUGCGGGCAGAUGGGCAUCGAUGCGUACGUAUGGAAGAGCCGAGGGGUGCAGCGAGGAGCGGCGUUGGUGUUCAUAACGCCGGAGGGGGCGGCAACAAAGGGGUUCCGGGCGUUCGUGGAGAGGAUGCAUGGGCAGCAGAGGUUGGACCGUGUUGUGGUGGACGAGUGUCACACGGUGUUGGAGUGGUCGAAGGAGUUCCGGCCGCGGAUAGGGAAGUUGGGAGAGGUGUUGAAGGAGUUUGGAGUGCCGGUGAUUUGUUUGACGGCGACGUUGAAGCCGAAGGAAGAGUUGGCGUUUUAUGCGCAGAUGGGGUUCGUGGGCGAUCGAGUGCGCAUGUUUCGAGAGCGGACGACAAGACGGAACAUCGAGUAUCGGGUAGAGGUGGUCGAGGACGGGAUCGGAGCGUCGGCACCGCACGGCGGAGGGGCGAGAAGCAGGGGAAAGAAGAGAAAACGGGGGCAAGGGGAGAAGACGGCCGGCGAGGAGAAGACAGCGGGGCCGGGCGAAGAAGAACAGGACCCCGUGGAGCAAAGGGUGUGCGAGAUCGUCAGGGCAUGGGCAAAGGUUCACGACGCAGGCAAUGUCAUCGUUUACGGAGGAUCGAUCGAGCGAGUCAAGCGGAUAGCGGCGGCGAUGGGGAGUAAAGAAUAUUGGAACAAGGCGGGCAGCGCGGAAGAUAAGGCGAGAUGGAUGAAGGAGUGGCAGGAAAGCAGCGGAGGAGAGUCGGGGUGGAUCGUGGCGACGAACGCGUUGGGUUUGGGGGUGGACGUGCCGGACGUACGGUUGGUGGUUCACGCAGGAAUGCCGCGAGAUUUGCGAAAUUUCGUGCAGGAGAGCGGGCGAGGAGGAAGAGACGGAGAGAGGAGCGAGUCGGUAGUGGUGGUACGAAGGUCAUGGUUACGGCGUCAGACGGAAGCAUUGGCGAAGGCGAAAGCAAGGAGGACGGCGGCGGCAGAGAGAAGGGAAGCAACGGAAGAAACGGAAGCAACGGAGAGCAAGACGGGGCAUGUGAUGUGGAAAGGUGUAUGGGGCGGAGAAAACAGGGCGGAGGGAUGCGACAGGACGACGGGACAAGAUGGGUGGGACGAAGAUGUGGUGGAGUUUGCAGAGGGCAAGUGUUGUCGACGGGAGGUGUUGGAUCGCGAGAUGGACGGCAACAUGGAGCGUAUAGGAUGUGCAGAAGGGGAAGAGCAGUGUGAUGUGUGUGGCGGGCAGCAGUUGAAGAUGGAUUUGCGAGAGUUGGAAGAAGACGAAGGAUGGAUGGGGGAGGAAGACGAGGAAGAGGAGGAGAUGAAAAGGGCGGAAGUAGAGGCGGAUUUCGCAAGGAGCCAGCAGUUAAUUCGGAUGACGGAGACGGAGAGGAUGUUGACGGCAAUGAAGGAGGCGGGGGACGCAAGAGAGUUCGAGAAGCAGUUGGACGAAUGGGCGGGGUGUUGCGUUGCAUGCAAGAUUGGAGGCAGGGACGAAAUGUAUCACAAGACGGAGGAGUGUACAGAAAAAGAGUCGGGGACAUGGGGCAAAGUGAUGGAAGGGAUGAAGACGGUGAAGAGCGAGAUGUUUGAUAUUACAUAA